CCAUUCUCAUAAAGUUCAAACAAAAGUCCCCAAGCUAACAAUGGGUACCGGUCAGCAGGUGCAUGGACAGACAGAGAAAGGGACGGUCCCGAUUCAGCUCCCCCGGCAACGGCCUCAUUAAUGCAAACACCGUGUUGCUAUGGAGGCUGCAACACAUAAUUAGUUCCUCCUCAUGCGGUUUGGGCCCAGAGGGAGAAUUCCUCAACAGACAUGGACGAGUCACCUGCUGCGGACCACAGACUGGACUUUAUAGAAGAUUACGUGCUGAGGACUCUCAAAGUCAAACACGACCGCUGGCAAAAAUGUGUGUCCAGCGAAGACAACUUGCAGAUUAUGCAGGACUUCCUGGACCAACCGCAGCAGCGGAUUUUGGUGGUGUGUGUGACCUCGACCGGACUGUUACAGCCCGCAGCCGCCUUCACGUCCCACUCCAAAAACAAAGCAGUGUACUUUCUAAAACGAAGCAAAACAAUCCUGACUGCAGAACGCAUGGAGGAUAACUUGGUGUGCGGCGACUUGUCUUGCUCGCCUCUUGACCAGUUUUCUGCCCUGAUUGAGGAGGUUGUGGCCCCACUGCUGUCCAACAGUCGGAACCACACCGAUUGGCCUCAGGUGGUAGCCCAAGAUGUCAGGCACCUCAUCCACUCCCUAAAGAGCAGCGUGUUUGUCAUGUCAGGCCAAGUCCAAGGAAAGACACUGCUGCCCCUUACUGUUGGUUUGGAGAGUGUAGAGCAAGCUGCCUUCGAGAUGGAUAACGGGGGGGAAACAAUAGAUAAGAGCAUCAUCCACUCCUUGGAGUCAACGGUGAUUGAGUGGAGCCAUCAGAUCCGUGCUGUGCUGAUAAAAGACUCAGCAGAGGCCUUGCUUGAAGACAAAAAGCCCACACCACACACAGAGCUGCUCUUCUGGAAGAACAGAUAUGCUGAUUUGGAGUGCAUUUACUCCCAAUUAACAUCACACAAAGGCAACAAAAUGGAGAUGUUGCUUGACGCCGUUGAGAGCAGCUAUUCUCCUGCUUUUCAGAACAUCCGACGGGAAGUCCGUGCAGCUGUGGAGGAGGCAAGGGACGUCUGUACCUACUUGACACCACUGCAGCCCCUGUUUGAGGACAUGGAGAGUCGAGAGUUUAUCGAGGUCAAAGGUCUGAUCGGUCCCCUGAUGCACAUGGUGUGUCUUGUGUGGGCCAACUCGGCACACUACAACACUCCACGGCGACUUAUUGUUCUACUGCAAGAGAUCUGCAACCUCCUCAUACAGCAGGCUCGAGGUUAUUUAAUACCAGAGGAACUUCUCAAAGGAGAGGUUCCUGAGAGUCUCCUGAAGGUGAAAACAUGCCUUGAGAUUUUGGAACACUUCAAGAGCAUCUUCGAGGACCGUCGGACUAAUCUGGGCCAGUACCAGAGGAACGGGAACUUGGUGAAGCCUUGGGAUUUCCCCGCCACUUUAGCAGUCUCCGGACUUGAUCUCUUCAUCAACAGAAUCAUUUCCAUACAGGACAUCCUUUUGGCAGCGGUGGACUUCUUAAAGCUUGAGAAAUUAGAGAUUGGAGGUCUUAGGGGUCAUGCGCUAAACCAGCAGGUCCAGCUCCUUCACCAGGAGUUUAUGGAUCGUUUCAAGAUCUUAACAGAGAAGCCCUAUGACUGCUUGGACCUCCAAAACAAGGAAUUUUCGAAAGAUGUGUGGGACUUCAAGUUGUUAGCAGAUGACACAGACCGGCGGCUAGGAGCCAUCUUCUGUCAGGCUUUUGAUGACGCUGCAGGAUUGGAGCACGCCUUCAAGGUUCUGGAUAUGUUUGGGAGCUUGUUGGAGCGGCCCAGAGUCGCUCAGGAUGCUUUGGACAGAUACCCGCUCUUGGUUAGCAUGUUUGACAAGGAUCUGGACAACUGCAAAGUCCUUUACCAUGAACAUAUUCAAAUUGCAAAUGAGCUGGGCUCUGCUCCGGUGAAUAAGAAUAUGCCAGCGGUGGCUGGAGGGCUGAUAUGGGCCCAGGAACUGCAGCGGCGCAUGCAGACGACCUUCUCCAAAUUCAGACACCUUUCGUAUCCCACAGGUGUCAAAAGGUGCCUGGAGUCUGCACAAGGAGUUUGGGUCAUCCAGAAGUAUGAGGAGCUGAUGCAACUUGUUGACAGAUACUGUUUCGCCCUGUACGAGGCAUGGACGAGGACCCUUGACAGCAGUUGUCUUCACAACCUCAGCCUGCCCUUAAUCUGCAGAGACGUGUCCUCUCGGCUGAUCUCCGUCAACUUCAGCGCACAGCUUGCAUCUGUGUUGAGAGAAGUGAAGUACCUGGAAGCCAGACAAACUGAGGUGAUUCCUGACACCGCAGUGCAGAUUUAUACCACCAGAUGGCAGUUGUGGCAGUACGUGUCCAGCCUGGAACUCGCUGCAGGACGAUACAACAAGGUGAUUCAGUCUGUGCUCGACGUGGAGAAUCCGCUACUCCAGAGGCAGCUCAGGGAUAUUGAGACCCAAAUAAGAAAGGCUGAAGAAAGCCUGAGUUGGAACAGCCAAGGCAUUUGGCAGUAUAUUCAAGAGUUGCGGGAUUCCAUCUGUGACCUGGAGAGCCGACUCCAGAAGGCCAAAGACAAUGUGGAGGAGAUCCAGAAUUGUAUCAAGUCCUGGGCAAGCCCAUUGUUUGACAGGAAGGAGGGGAAAAAAGAUGCUCUGCUCAGUCUGGAUGAUCGGGCCGAAAGGCUGGAUCGUUUUUAUUGUAUGAUACGGUCAUCCGGAGAUCAGAUUCAUUUCCUCAUGAAGAGGAAUCUUGAGCUUUUUCUGUCAGACCCAUCCUCCGAUGAGUGGAAAGCUUACGAGGACUACAUUGAUGACAUGGUUAUCGAUGGGUUUUAUCACUGCAUCGAGUGUUCACUCAAAUUUUUCCUGGAUAACACAGAUGAAAAAAAUGUGACAGUGCCCCUCUUUGAGGCCCAACUGAUUCUGAACGUUCCUGAUAUGGUGUUUAUACCAUCUUUGGCGUUUGGAGAAAGUGAAAAUUUCUUUGACCUUGUCGAGAGUCUCAUCAGCGAUGUGUUCAGAGUGUCGUCAUUGGUGCCGCGCCUGUCCCAGCACAGUUCCUUUCCCCACUACCAGGCUGACAUGGAAGAGAUGGCAGACUUGACAGAGAUGCGUCUUGUCCUCAUGGAUCGCGUGAAGAGCGUCAUGGCGACUUGCUGCGCUUUCCGCAAUUCAAUGGAACGCUAUAGCUACCUUUAUAUAAAUGACAGGAAGGAGUUCCUGUGCCAGUUCCUCCGAUACAGCCAUGUUCCGACCAGCCAGGAGAUGCAGGUUCAAGAUGAAAAUUGCAUCCCAGAGAGGCCCCCAACAUUAAAUCACUUUAAACAGCAAGUGGAUAGGUAUGAGAAGAUCUGUGAGGAGGUGCAGGAUCUGGAGCCGGUCCGUGUCUUCCACGGCUGGAUGCGUGUCAAUGGUCGCAACAUGAAGACUGCCCUGCGCGACAUCAUCAAGAAAUGGAGUUUCAUGUUCAAACAGCACCUUAUUGAUCAUUUAACUAACAGUCUUUCAGGUCUUGAGAGUUUCAUCAUCACGGCUGAAACCGGCCUGGGCCAGCGAGUCGAAGAAGGAGACUAUGAAACCCUGGUGGGAGUUCUGGGCCACCUGCUGGCUGUCAAGGAGAGACAGCGCGCAACAGAUGACGUAUUUGAACCACUGCAGCAAACCUUUGCCUUGCUUAAGGAGUAUGAGCAGGAACUUCCUGAUGCUGUGCACAAGCAGUUAGAAGAGUUGCCGGAGAAGUGGACCAAUGUGAAAAAGAAGGCGGCGCUCGUCAAACAGCAAGUGGCGCCUCUGCAGGCCGUCGAAGUCGCGAAUUUGCGAAGAAAGUGCGCCUCAUUCGAAAUGGAGCAACACACCUUCAGGGAGCAUUUUCGCCACAAUGGGCCCUUCAGAUUCGACAGCAAGAAUCCUCACCAGAUGUUAGACACAUUUCACCGGCAGAUCCAGGAACAGGAGGCGGUGAUGGCCUCUCUGGUGGAAUCCGCCAGCUUGUUCGAGGUGACCGUCUCUGAAUACAAACAGCUUCGCCAAUGCAGGCGUGAGGUGGGCCUGCUGAAGGAGCUGUGGGACAUGAUCACUGUUGUGGAAUCCAGCAUGGCGGAAUGGAAAACGACUCCCUGGGGGGACAUUCACGUGGAGGACAUGGAGGUUGAGUGCAAACGCUUCUCAAAAGAUAUUCGAGGGAUGGAUAAGGAGAUUAGAGCGUGGGAGGCCUUCGCCGGUUUGGAGAAGAGGGUAAAGAACCUCCUCAUCUCCCUGCGGGCGGUGGCAGAGCUGCAGAAUCCAGCCAUACGAGUCAGGCACUGGCAUCAGUUAAUGGCGGCGACCGGAGUUCGUUUCAAUGUGGACCAGGAAACCACUCUUGCCGAUCUGCUGCAACUAAACCUGCACUGUUUCGAAGAGGAGGUGAGAGGGAUCGUAGACAAGGCCGUGAAAGAGAUGGCAAUGGAGAAAGUUCUCUCGGAGCUCAACUCCACAUGGACAGGUAUGCAGUUCCAAUACGAACCCCACCAUCGGACCCAAAUCCCCCUGCUGAGUUCAGACGAGGAGCUGAUCGAGACGCUGGAAGACAACCAGGUCCAGCUGCAGAACCUAAUUUCCUCCAAGUACAUUGCCCACUUCUUGGAUGAAGUUUCAUCUUGGCAGACGAAACUGUCCGUGGUCGACUCUGUCAUCUCCAUCUGGUUUGAGGUGCAACGCACGUGGACUCACCUGGAGAGCAUCUUCAUUGGCUCCGAGGACAUUCGCUCACAGCUGCCGGAGGACUCGAAGCGCUUCAAAGGGAUUGAUGCCGAUUUCAAAGAGUUGGCGAACUCGGUGCAUCAAACGCCCAAUGUUGUCGAAGCCACCAAUAAACCCGGUCUGUUUGACAAACUGGAGAACAUCCAGUGCAGGCUUUCCCUUUGUGAAAAGGCUCUGGCAGAUUAUCUGGACAUCAAGCGGCUAGCCUUCCCUCGCUUUUACUUCAUCUCAUCCGCGGAUCUCUUGGACAUUCUUUCAAAUGGGACCAACCCACACCAGGUGCAGAGGCAUCUGUCCAAGCUAUUUGACAGCAUGGCAAAAAUGCAAUUCGAAGCAGAUGAAAAGGGGUCUCCUUCUAAGACUGGUCUGGGCAUGUAUAGCAAAGAGGACGAGUACGUCCCUUUUAAUCAACCCUGCGACUGCUCUGGACAGGUGGAGGUGUGGUUGAACCAGGUUCUGGAAUCCAUGCGUUCCACUGUUCGUCAUGAGAUGACCGAGUCAGUGGCCACCUAUGAGGAUAACCCCAGAGAGCAGUGGUUGUUUGAUUAUCCAGCUCAGGUGGCACUUACCUGCACUCAGAUCUGGUGGACAAGCGACGUGGGAAUGGCUUUUGCCCGUCUGGAGGAAGGCAACGACGGCGCUCUCAAGGAGUAUUAUAAGAAACAGGUGUCUCAGCUAAACACCCUCAUUUCUAUGCUGAUUGGCCAGCUUUCACCUGGAGAUCGCCAGAAGGUCAUGACCAUCUGUACAAUCGACGUUCACGCCAGAGAUGUGGUUGCCAAGAUGAUUGCGCAGAAGGUGGAGAAUUCUCAGGCGUUCGUGUGGCUUUCACAGCUGAGGCACCGUUGGGAUGACAAGGAGAGGCAUUGUUUUGCAAAUAUCUGCGAUGCCCAAUUUUGCUACUCCUAUGAGUACCUGGGCAACACGCCACGGCUCGUCAUCACGCCUCUCACAGACAGAUGUUACAUCACCCUGACUCAGUCCCUGCACCUGACAAUGAGUGGAGCUCCGGCAGGGCCCGCUGGAACAGGGAAGACGGAGACAACCAAAGACCUGGGGCGAGCACUCGGCAUCAUGGUCUAUGUAUUCAACUGUUCUGAGCAAAUGGACUACAAAUCCUGUGGAAACAUCUACAAAGGUCUGGCUCAGAUGGGCACAUGGGGCUGUUUUGAUGAAUUCAACAGGAUCUCAGUGGAGGUGCUGUCCGUGGUGGCCGUCCAGGUCAAAAGUAUUCAGGACGCCAUUCGAGAUAAGAAACAGAGAUUUAAUUUCAUGGGCCAAGACAUAAACCUUUGCCCAACUGUGGGCAUCUUCAUCACGAUGAAUCCUGGUUACGCUGGUCGGACCGAGCUUCCUGAGAACCUGAAGGCUCUUUUCAGACCAUGUGCCAUGGUGGUGCCAGACUUUGAGCUGAUCUGUGAAAUCAUGUUGGUGGCUGAGGGAUUCAUCGAUGCACGGGUUCUUGCUCGGAAGUUUAUCACGCUCUACACGCUGUGCAAAGAGCUUCUUUCAAAACAGGACCACUAUGAUUGGGGCCUCCGUGCCAUCAAGUCUGUACUGGUGGUCGCUGGUUCACUCAAGAGAGGAGAUACCAGCCGAGCUGAGGAUCAAGUAUUGAUGAGAGCCCUGAGAGAUUUCAACAUCCCCAAAAUUGUCACGGAUGACAUGCCUGUAUUCAUGGGGUUGAUAGGUGACCUGUUCCCCGCUCUGGAUGUCCCCAGGAAAAUAGACCUGCACUUUGAGAAGCAUGUGAAGGAAUCUAUUCUUGACAUGAAGUUGCAGGCUGAGGAAAAUUUUGUACUCAAGGUGGUUCAACUAGAAGAGCUUUUGAGCGUGCGUCACUCUGUGUUUGUGAUCGGGAAUGCUGGGACUGGGAAAAGCCGGGUGCUGAGGUCACUCCAAAAAACGUACCAGAACACAAAACGUCGACCCGUGUGGGUGGAUCUGAACCCAAAAGCUGUGACGAAUGAUGAGCUUUUUGGCAUCAUCAACCCGUCAACCAGAGAGUGGAAAGAUGGUUUGUUUUCUUCGAUAAUGCGUGAACUCUCCAAUAUCAGUCACAGUGGACCAAAGUGGAUCGUUCUGGAUGGAGACAUUGACCCAAUGUGGAUUGAGUCACUCAACACAGUCAUGGAUGACAACAAGGUUCUGACCCUGGCCAGUAAUGAACGGAUUCCUCUGAACUCAACAAUGAGACUGGUAUUUGAGAUCAGCCACCUUCGGACUGCCACCCCUGCAACUGUGUCCAGAGCAGGAAUCCUGUACAUAAAUCCGGGAGACUUGGGCUGGAACCCUUUGGUGUCAAGCUGGAUUGACAGCAGGGAGGAGCAAUCAGAGAAGGCUAACCUGACCAUUCUAUUCGACAAGUACCUCCCCUCCUGCCUGGGGGCCAUGAGAAUGAGAUUUAAAACGAUCAUCCCAAUCCCUGACCAGAGUAUGGUCCAGAUGCUUUGCUAUUUGCUUGAGUGCCUGCUGACACCGGAAAAUGUCCCGCCUGACUCUGCAAAAGAACUUUAUGAGCUGUAUUUCGUUUUUGCUGCUGUGUGGGCCUUUGGGGGAGCUUUGUUCCAGGACCAGCUGGUCGACUACAGAGUGGAGUUCAGUAAGUGGUGGGUGGCGGAGUUCAAAAGCAUCAAGUUUCCAUCCCAAGGCACUGUGUUUGAUUACUACGUUGACUCGGAGAGCAAGAAGUUUGAACCCUGGUCCAAAAUGGUGCCAAUGUUUGAGAUGGACGCCGACACCCCACUUCAGGCUUGUCUCGUUCACACGGCAGAGACCAUUCGAGUGCGUUUUUUCAUAGACCGCCUGCUGGAACACCGUCGGCCCGUCAUGCUCGUCGGGAACGCUGGCACCGGGAAGUCCGUCCUGGUUGCGGACAAAUUGACAUCGCUGGACGCUGACAAAUACGUGGUUACAAAUGUUCCUUUCAACUAUUAUACCACAUCUGCUAUGCUACAAGCCGUGUUGGAAAAGCCACUUGAGAAAAAGGCAGGACGCAACUACGGACCUCCCGGCAGCAGAAGAUUGAUCUACUUCAUAGAUGACUUGAAUAUGCCCGAGGUGGAUGCAUAUGGCACAGUCCAACCUCACACACUAAUACGUCAACAUAUGGACUACAACCACUGGUAUGACCGUAAUAAGCUCCUUUUGAAGGAAAUACAACAUGUUCAGUAUGUGUCCUGUAUGAACCCCACGGCUGGAAGCUUUACCAUCAAUCCGAGGCUUCAGCGCCACUUCUCGGUCAUUUCCCUGUCUUUCCCCGGAGCCGACGCCCUCGCGACCAUCUACACUUCCAUUUUGUCACGGCACCUGCAGAAUGAUGGAUUCACAGCCAGCAUACGAAAGAGCUGCCCCACUCUGGUCCAGUUAGCUCUGGCUCUGCAUCUGAGCGUUGCCUCCGCCUUCCUCCCCACUGCAGUCAAGUUCCACUACAUCUUCAACCUGCGAGACCUCUCCAAUAUCUUCCAGGGCAUUCUCUUCAGUACCGGCGAGUGCCUGAAAACCCCUCUGGACCUGUUGAAAAUCUACCUGCACGAGUCCAAUCGCGUCUAUAGAGACAAGCUUGUUGAGGAGCAAGACUUCCGGGUCUUUGAUAAGAUGCAGGCCGACACGGUGAAAAAGUUCUUUGAGGGCACGGAGGAGAGUCUGGAAAAGACCCGGAAGAUGAACCUGUACUGCCACUUUGCCCACGGCCUUGGGGAGGCCAGGUACAUGGCAGUGGAAUCCUGGAGCAGCCUCAGUCAAAGCCUGCUGGAGGUACUGGACAGCUACAAUGAGGUCAAUGCCACACUCAACCUGGUGCUGUUUGAGGAUGCCAUGGCGCACAUCUGCCGUAUAAAUCGAAUCCUGGAGUCUCCACGGGGGAACGCACUGCUGGUGGGAGUAGGCGGAAGCGGCAAGCAGAGUCUGACCCGACUGGCCGCCUUCAUCUCCAAUCUGGAGGUUUUCCAGAUCACCUUGAGGAAGGGUUACGCUAUCACAGACCUCAAAAGUGACCUGGCAUCGCUUUACAUCAAAGCCGGCGUGAAGAAUAUUGGCACCGUGCUCUUAAUGACUGAUGCCCAAGUGGCAGACGAGAGGUUCCUCGUUCUGGUCAACGAUCUGUUGGCAUCGGGGGAGAUUCCCGACCUGUUCGCAGACGAUGAGGUGGAGAACAUCAUUGGCAGCGUGAGGCCCGAGGUACGCGGCUCUGGAUUGAUGGAUACAAGAGAAAACUGCUGGAAGUUCUUCAUCGACCGGGUUCGCAGACAGCUCAAGGUGGCUCUGUGUUUCUCCCCAGUUGGCAGUAAACUGAGGAUUCGAAGCAGGAAGUUCCCUGCUGUGGUCAACUGUACAGCUAUCGACUGCUUCCACGAAUGGCCGCAGGAGGCGUUGGAGUCGGUCAGCCUCAGCUUCCUGCAGGAAGUGGACAAUAUUGAACCCCAAGUGAAGGAGUCUGUCAGUAAAUUCAUGGCGUACAUCCACACGAGUGUCAAUCAGACCUCCAAAGAGUACUUGGCCAAUGAGCGGCGCUACAACUACACCACACCGAAAUCUUUCCUGGAGCAGAUCAAAUUGUAUCGAAGUCUUCUGGGCCAGAGGAGUAAAGACCUAAGCAGCAAAAUGGAGCGCUUGGAGAAUGGCCUGCAAAGGCUCAACAGCACCUCAGCUCAGGUUGAUGACCUCAAGGCCAAGCUAGCAGCCCAAGAAGUCGAGCUCAAGCAGAAGAACGAGGAUGCCGACAAGCUGAUCCAGGUAGUUGGAGUCGAAACUGAGAAGGUGUCCAAGGAGAAAGCAGUGGCUGACGAUGAAGAGAAAAAGGUGGCGGCCAUGGCUGUUGUGGUCCGUGGCAAACAAAAAGACUGUGAAGAGGACUUGGCCAUGGCUGAACCAGCUCUCAUCGCUGCGCAGGAAGCACUCAACACUCUUAAUAAAAACAACCUGACAGAGUUAAAGUCAUUUGGCUCUCCAGUGGCAGCAGUUACCAAUGUCACAGCGGCUGUCAUGGUCUUAAUGUCGCCUGGCGGCAAAGUCCCGAAGGAUCGUAGUUGGAAGGCCGCAAAAGUGAUGAUGGCAAAAGUGGAUACGUUCCUUGAUUCCCUCAUAAACUUCAACAAGGAAAACAUCCCGGAGGCUUGUCUGAAAGCUAUUCAGCCUUACUUGCAGGAUCCGGCGUUCCAGCCGGAACUGGUUGCCUCAAAGUCGAACGCGGCGGCAGGCCUUUGCUCCUGGGUUCUGAACAUAGUCAAGUUCUACAAAGUCUACUGCGAGGUAGAACCCAAGCGCCAGGCCUUGAGGAAAGCCAACGCGGAGCUGGCUGCUGCGCAAGGGAAGCUCGCCACCAUCAAAACUAAGAUCAAUCACCUUAAUGAGAACCUGGCCAAGCUCACAGCAAAGUUUGAGAAAGCCACCGCAGACAAACUGAAGUGCCAACAGGAAGCAGAAUCGACCGCGCACACUAUUUCCCUGGCAAACCGCCUGGUGGGAGGUCUGGCGUCAGAGAACGUACGCUGGGCGGACGCUAUUGAAAGUUUCAAAAAACAGGAAAAGACGCUUUGCGGAGAUGUCCUCCUGAUCACCGCCUUCGUCUCCUACCUGGGUUACUUCACCAAACACUACAGGUUACAGCUCAUGGCUGAAACCUGGAAGCCUUACCUUAGUCAGCUGACGGAUCCCAUACCAGUAACACCUGGAUUGGACCCAUUAACCAUGCUCACGGAUGAUGCUGACAUUGCCACAUGGCAGAAUGAGGGACUACCAGCAGACAGGAUGUCGACUGAGAAUGCCACCAUUCUUACUUCCUGUCAGCGCUGGCCCCUCAUGGUGGACCCUCAGCUGCAGGGCAUCAAGUGGAUUAAGACCAAAUACGGUGAACGUCUGCACGUCACCCGCAUUGGGCAGAGAGGGUACCUGGAUGUCAUAGAGAGAGCUCUGGCACAGGGCGAUGUGGUUCUGAUCGAAAAUUUGGAAGAAUAUUUGGAUCCUGUUCUUGGACCUCUACUAGGAAGAGAAACCAUUAAGAAGGGCAGGUAUAUAAAGAUUGGCGACAAGGAAUGCGAGUACAACCCGUGCUUCCGCCUCAUUCUACACACCAAACUGGCCAGUCCUCAUUACCAACCGGAGCUGCAAGCCCAGUGCACUUUGAUAAAUUUCACGGUGACAAGGGAUGGGUUGGAGGACCAACUGUUGGCAGCCGUGGUUAGCAUGGAGAGACCUGACCUGGAGGAGCUGAAGUCUGACCUGACCAAACAGCAGAAUGGUUUCAAGAUCACUCUGAAGACACUGGAGGAUAACCUGCUCUCUCGCUUGUCCUCAGCUUCAGGGAACUUCCUGGGUGACACCGCGCUCGUAGAAAACCUGGAGACGACCAAACGCACCGCCGCCGACAUUGUGGAAAAAGUAAAAGAAUCGAAGGUGACAGAAGGCAAAAUCAAUGAGGCUCGGGAGCACUACAGAGCGGCAGCAGCGCGGGCUUCGUUAUUAUACUUCAUAAUGAACGACCUCAAUAAAAUCCACCCCAUGUACCAGUUCUCUCUCAAGGCUUUCAACGCGGUCUUUCAGAAGGCAGUUGUGAAGGCUGAACCCGGCGAUGAUCUGAAGCAGCGGGUGUCCAACUUAAUUGACAACAUCACUUCUUCAGUCUUCCAGUACACCACCAGAGGCCUGUUUGAGUGUGACAAACUCACGUACAUUGCCCAGCUUGCCUUCCAGAUUCUUAUAAUGAACAAAGAAAUAAACCCUGCUGAGCUGGAUUUCCUUCUGCGAUACCCUGUCCAACCCGCCGAAACAUCACCGGUGGAGUUUCUUUCCAGUCAUUCCUGGGGAGGAAUCAAGUCGCUGUGCUUAAUGGAUGAGUUCAGGAACCUCGACCGAGACAUCGAAGGCUCGGCCAAACGCUGGAAGAAGUUUGUGGAGUCUGAGUGUCCGGAAAAAGAGAAAUUCCCACAAGAGUGGAAGAAUAAAACCUCUCUCCAGAGACUGUGCAUAAUGAGGGCCCUGAGGCCUGACCGGAUGACAUACGCCGUGAGAGACUUUGUGGAGGAGAAACUAGGGGGCAAGUAUGUGAUUGGCAGAUCUCCGGACUUCGCGGUGUCCUUUGAGGAAACAAGUCCGACGACGCCCAUGUUCUUCAUCCUCUCUCCUGGAGUCGAUCCUUUGAAGGAUGUAGAGAAACACGGAAGGAAGCUUGGUUUCACCUUUGACGACAAGAACUUCCACAAUGUGUCUCUGGGUCAAGGUCAAGAGGCCAUGGCUGAACAAGUCCUUGACUUGGCAGCGAAGAAUGGCCAUUGGGUCAUACUGCAGAAUAUCCACCUGGUGGCUCGCUGGCUGGGUACUCUGGAAAAACUUCUCGAGCAGCGAGCCGAGGGAAGCCAUGAGAAUUUCAGGGUUUUUGUCAGUGCCGAGCCGUCCUCCACCCCUGAGGGACACAUCAUUCCACAGGGCAUCCUGGAGAACUCCAUCAAGAUCACCAAUGAGCCACCGACCGGCAUGCAUGCCAACUUGCACAAAGCUCUGGACAACUUCAACCAGGAGACGCUGGAAAUGUGCGCAAGGGAGAAUGAGUUUAAAAGUAUCCUCUUUGCACUCUGCUACUUCCAUGCUGUGGUAGCAGAGAGGAGGAAGUUUGGUCCUCAAGGAUGGAACAGAUCCUACCCUUUCAACACAGGAGACCUCACAAUUUCGAUCAAUGUCCUCUUCAACUACCUGGAGGCGAAUCCCAAGGUGCCCUAUGAUGAUCUGCGCUACCUCUUUGGUGAGAUCAUGUACGGGGGUCACAUCACGGAUGAUUGGGACCGCCGUCUAUGCGGGACCUAUCUUGAGGAGUUCAUUAAGCCUGAGAUGAUGGAAGGAGAUCUGUGUCUAGCACCGGGUUUCCCUUUGCCUGGCAACAUGGACUACAACAGCUAUCACCAGUACAUUGAUGACACCCUACCCGUCGAGUCACCCUAUCUGUACGGCCUUCAUCCCAACGCCGAGAUUGGCUUCCUCACGCAGACCUCCGAAAAGCUUUUCCACACUUUGCUGGAAAUGCGGCCCGGGGAUGGAGGAGUCGGUGAAGGGGGAGGGGUCACACGAGAGGAAAAGGUGCGAACGAUGCUGGAGGAGAUCACUGAGAAACUCCCCGAGGAGUUUAACAUCUCUGAGCUGCUGGGAAAGGCGGAGGAGAGGACUCCCUACCAGGUGGUGGCCGUGCAAGAGUGCGAGCGCAUGAAUCUCCUCACCCAAGAAAUCAGACGUUCCCUCAAUGAGCUCAGCCUGGGCCUCAAGGGGGAACUAACCAUGACCAGUGACAUGGAGACCCUGCAGAACGCUAUUUUCCUGGACAUGGUACCGGAGACUUGGACCAAGCGUGCUUACCCUUCCAUAUGUGGCCUUGCUUUGUGGUUCUCUGACCUGUUGGUCCGGAUCAAGGAGCUGGACGUGUGGACAGCUGAUUUUGUCUUACCUUGCGCGGUGUGGCUGACCGGCUUUUUCAACCCACAGUCCUUCCUCACCGCCAUCAUGCAAACCAUGGCUCGCAAGAAUGAGUGGCCUUUGGAUAGCAUGAGUCUGCAAUGUGACGUGACCAAGAAGAACCGCGAGGACUUGAUAUCUUCACCCCGAGAAGGGGCUUACGUUCAUGGGCUAUACAUGGAGGGGGCCCGCUGGGACACACAGACCGGCUUGAUUGUGGACGCCCGACUGAAAGAGCUCACGCCUACCAUGCCGGUCAUCUUCAUCAGGGCCAUCCCAGUGGACAAACAGGACAACAGGAACAUGUACCAGUGUCCGGUUUACAAGACCCGUCAAAGGGGGCCAACAUAUGUGUGGACCUUUAACCUGAAGACCAAAGAAAAGUCCUCCAAGUGGACCCUGGCCGGAGUUGCUUUGCUAUUGCAGAUCUAAGCAGGAUUCCAGGAACGUUCACGUGAAGGUUGUGUGAUGGUACAACAGGGUCAAGGAUCGGCUCACGUUUGAACCGAUGAUACCGUAUGCCGAUUGUAUUUUCUUUUAUUUUGAAGAGAGAGAGGAAAAAAAAAAGUCAAGCAUUUUAUGACGUCUCUCGGAUAGCUUUUCAUGGAUCUACCGCAUUGCAAAGGAUCAAUAAAUAGAUAAGACUGGCGGCGGUAUGCUAAACUGAAAUGAUGCAGUUCUUAUGAGUUUAUUCUCCAUCUUCAGCACAUUCGUUGAAAUUCAGCUCACUUCAAAUGGGUUUCCCCAAGUCACACUUACAUAUACUUUCUCUUUUACUUGUCUUUAGCUUCCAUCACUCUUCAUGAAC